AUGAACGACCGCAAAGUGGCCAUCUUCUGGGACUAUGAAAACUGUCCCGUUCUGGGCGGUUGUUCUGGUCAUCAAGCAGUGAAGAGCAUCCGUGGUGCAAUCCAGCCCUUCGGGAGUAUCAAACUGUUCAAGGCGUACUUUGCUAUCUCAGAGUCGCAUACCAAGUCGGUUACAUUGCGCUCGGAGCUCCAAGCUUCAGGAGUAUCCUUGACGGAUACCCCACAUAACGGACAGAAGGAUGUGGCGGACAAAAUGAUCAUCGUGGAUAUGCUGCUUUACGCAAUGGACAACCCCGCGCCUGCGACUGUCGUCCUCAUCUCCGGUGAUAAAGACUAUGCGUAUGCAAUUUCGGUGUUACGACUCAGGCAAUACGACGUCGUUGUCCUUACGCCUCCCAACGCCAGCCCGAGCCUAACCUCCCACGCAACCGUAUGCCUCGCAUGGAACAAGAAUGUCCUCGCAAGUGGUUUCGAACCUCUCCCAACGGCUACCGUCCUCCCCCCGCAAAUGCCCAACGCAGGGCAGCCCGCUGCGCCAGCAUCGCCCACAAUAAUCAGACCACAAGCUUCAACCGUCCCAUCACUCGAUCAGAUUCGUAACCUGGGCGAAGUCUCGCUCGAGAACUAUUUCGAACGAAGACCUUCCAUUGUCGGGUUGCCUCCUCCCCCGCGGUACGAGCCUGAGCGGAGGAUAUCUCCGCCCACUGAACUUGCGCCGCCCACGUCUACGUCCACGCCAGCGACUCCUGCCCCUCCUAAGCGCUGGGCGCGGGCGGAUAGCACGUCCUCGAUCGCCUCCUUCGUUACUUGCCAGUCCAGCCUCAGUGGUGGUCAGUCUUCAUCGAGUGGAGGAGAUUCGAGAAGUCAGAGUGCAGAGUCAUGGUCUGAGGCUGAUGUUCGCGCAAACGGUACGCAGCAGAGCACGGCACUUCGACCGGAAUCUCCUUCGACAGCUAGGGCGAUUCGAACCGCCAGUCUGUCGUUCUUGUUUUCGCCGGAAAGAACACCGCUCGGUUCUCUUCCUCCCAGGGACACAUCUAGUGUAGAACUCGAGUCUCGGUCAGCGACCCAAUUAUCACCUUCGCCUAGGUCUGUAACAUUAUCUCCAGAAUUACUGUUAUCACAUCGGCAGGACGCAUCGACAUCAACAUACUCUCUCUCUCCGAAGGCCGCCACAUCUUCUCCUUCUGUCCCACAAUCCACCCUCACCGCUCGCGAUUUCAAGCCCUUGAUCAAGAUCCUCCAAGGAUACUAUGCAAGGGGAAUAACUGAAGCUUUCCGUCCCUCCGUGGCUGUGGAAGUGCUCACCGCAGACAAGUCCAUAUAUACCGUCCUUCCCCCGGGGAAGCCGCAGACCUUUGGAAGCUAUGCUGAAUUAGCAAUGUCCUCCGGCAUUGUGGAUAUUGGAGGAUCUGGUGGGGAAACUUGGAUAUCCCUUCGACCUCAGUACCGCGAUAUUGACGUGGACAGCUUAUGAUACCUACGACUUUCUGAAAGAUGACGAAUGCAUACUCACUCUAUGUACAUUACCCGUAUCCUGCAAUGAACAAAUGUCGUUGGAACUCGGUGGAA